AUGCAGGCAUUCGACAAGCUUUCUCCUGUCCCAGAUAUCCUCAGUACUCUGCAAACUAUCCUCGCAAGUUCACAAGUGAUCCUUUCUGCAGACCUCAAUACCCCGUAUUCUAAAUUCCCCAAUACCGACCAUUCUACCAUCGAGCUCAAAGACCGCAGCAUCAGCGCCCUCAUCACCGAACGCCAGCAGCAAUUAGAUGCAACUUUUCACCAGAUCUCAGCCCUAGAAACCGUGAUGGAUCGUCUAAAAGAUCUUCAGACACAACUCGUCGAAAGGACGCACAAGAUAACCCAAUCCAUGAACUUGCACAAGGGACUCUUAUCGGCUCUCUGGCGCCUGCCAAACGAGGUCUUACCCCUGAUAUUUGUCCACUGUCUCCCGACGCACCAUCACAUGUGGCCCACCUCCAGGCUAGCUCCCAUGUUACUGACCAAAAUAUGUCGGCGAUGGAGGGAGGUUGCUACGAAUAUGCCCAAAUUGUGGUGCAGGCUGCAUUUACAAGAAGCCGAAGGCAGAGACUGGCAGCGGAUAGCUUUCUGCUACAAUUCAUGGCUGGAACGGUCACGAGGAUUUCAGCUCUCUUUAUCAAUAAGGAGUUUCCAAGGUCGCUUGACCAAUAUACAAAGCCUCCUUCAACCUUAUAUCAAUCAAAUCUCGUCUCUCUCUAUCCUUGUUUUUCGCCAGGUCCCUGAACUUAUGAUGACAGACCUCCUAGCACUUAAGGAGCUGGCCGUCACCAUCUCCUAUCUUGAUGCUAUUCCAGCUAUUGCGCCAUCCAUCUCACGACAGCGGUUAUCCCUUCGCAGUCUUAAGCUAAGGGGGAUGGUGUUCAACCUCCAUUACUUAUCGUAUCUCGACUCCGUAUGGGCGCACCUGACAAAUGUCGAAAUUGCAAUGGAUCAACCGAAUGCAGUCAUUCAUUUACUCCGUCUGUGUCCCAACCUCUCCUCGUUCACGAUUCACGCAGUUUUCAUGCACACUGGCAUACAGGACGUAGAGCCAUUCACGCACACCAAACUUCAAUCUCUACACGUUGAUAACAGCAACUCCGGACUCACGAACAAUCUGUCUCGUUUGUUCGAUGCUCUAUCACUCCCCAAGUUACGCGUAUUUGAAGCUCGGUACAUACGAACAUGGCCUCAUGAAGAGUUGAAGGCAUUUCUGGUACGGUCGAAUUGUCCUCUAAUGAGCCUGGAUAUUGGCUAUGGAGUGACGACGACAGAUGAGCAACGAGCGGAAUACGUUGCUAUCAUCCCUUCCCUCGAAGUCAUAGUGGAUCCCAUGAGUCGCGAUCACUUUAUAUAA